AUGUCUCUGUCGUCGUACAUAGUAUGCGCAUUUCUGCUAUUGACACCUAUUAGAGCUUUUUAUUUACCCGGCCUAGCUCCUGUAAAUUAUUGUAAAGCUGGGGACGACAAUGGAAAAUCCUGCAAGGUUGAAAUUCCUCUAUACGUCAAUAGACUGAACACAGAAGAAUCAGUCAUACCAUUUGAAUACCACCACUUUGAUUUUUGUUUAUCCGAUGAAACAAAUUCACCAGUCGAAAAUCUCGGACAAGUGGUGUUUGGUGAAAGGAUAAGACCGAGUCCUUACAAGAUAAAUUUCCUUGAGAAUGUGGAAUGUAAAGCAGUUUGUACUAAAACAUACAAAGGCACCGAUCCCGAAGCGAAUAAGAAAUUAAAUCUAUUAAAAAUGGGAAUGGCUCUUUACUAUCAGCACCAUUGGAUACUUGAUAACAUGCCAGUGACCUGGUGUUACUUAGUUAAUGAAGGCGGGAAGACAUAUUGUAGUACUGGUUUCCCCAUGGGUUGUCAAGUUAGAAGAGAUUUGGAUACUUGCACACCUAUAGUCAUCACAACUCCAAGUCAGUUGGGGACUUACUACUUAUUUAAUCAUGUUGAUUUGGAAAUCACAUACCACAGUGGCAGUCAAGAAGAAUGGGGGGUCGGGUUUGGUGACAAUGGUGGAAGGAUUAUAUCUGCUAAGAUCAAACCAGCAUCAAUCAACCACCAAAAUCCCGAGCAUCCAGACUGCAAGGCACGAAACAGUCCUCUUCAAGUUCCUAAUACUAUUACAGGGGACGAAACCUUUUCUGUUACUUACACUUACAGUGUUAAAUUUAUCAAGAAUAAUACAAUCAAAUGGUCGUCCAGAUGGGAUUACAUACUUGAGUCUAUACCGCAGACUAAUAUCCAAUGGUUUUCUAUCAUGAACUCUUUGGUCAUAGUUCUGUUCCUCAGUGGUAUGGUCGCGAUGAUAUUAUUGAGAACUCUACACAAGGACAUUGCUAGAUAUAACCAGAUGGAAUGCGGAGAGGAUGCUCAGGAGGAGUUUGGUUGGAAGUUAGUUCACGGUGAUGUGUUCAGACCUCCUCGACGAGGUAUGCUGCUGGCUGUGUUCCUUGGAUCAGGGUCGCAGGUAUUUGGUAUGACGCUAGUGACGUUGGCGUUCGCCUGCCUGGGUUUCCUAUCACCAGCUAACCGAGGUGCUUUGAUGACCUGUGCGCUAGUAGCCUGGGUGUUACUGGGCGCGGCCGCUGGGUACGUCAGCGCCCGCGUCUACAAGAGCUUCGGCGGCAGACGGUGGAAAAGUAACAUAUUGCUCACGUCCAUGGUGUGUCCUGGCGUGGUGUUUUCUCUGUUCUUCACCAUGAACCUCAUCUUAUGGGGUAAGGGCUCGUCAGCGGCUGUACCGUUUUCAACGCUGGUGGCCCUGCUCGCGCUGUGGUUCGGUGUCUCUGUACCACUCACAUUCAUUGGAGCAUACUUCGGAUUUAGAAAGAGGAUCUUGGAGCACCCAGUACGCACGAACCAGAUCCCUCGUCAAAUCCCCGAGCAGUCUUUAUACACGCAGCCUCUACCAGGUAUCGUGAUGGGAGGUGUUCUGCCCUUCGGAUGCAUCUUCAUACAGCUGUUCUUCAUCCUCAACUCGCUGUGGUCCAGCCAGAUGUACUACAUGUUCGGUUUCCUAUUCCUGGUGUUCAUGAUCCUAGUCAUCACAUGUUCGGAGACCACCAUCCUCCUCUGCUACUUCCACCUCUGCGCCGAGGACUAUCACUGGUGGUGGCGCGCCUUCCUCAGCUCCGGAUCGACAGCCGGGUAUCUAUUCAUCUACUGCUGUCACUACUUCGUCACCAAACUCAACAUAGACGACGCAGCAUCAACAUUCCUAUACUUCGGCUACACUCUAAUUAUGGUUUUCUUAUUCUUCCUCCUCACUGGAACCAUAGGCUUCAUGGCCUGCUUCUGGUUCGUCAGGAAGAUAUACAGUGUCGUUAAAGUUGAUUAA